AUGAAAGCAAAGAAUCCAAGACUUUAUCGAAAGAGUCCAACGAAUGGACUGCCAGUGAGUGUUGAAUAUGUGGACACUUUUGGCGAUCGAAAGGCUUUAAAGAGUGAUAACGUGAAGACAAUCGUUGCAAUUCAUGGUAAUCCGGGUCAUCACAAACACUACAGCGGCUUAUAUGAGAGUUUUGGUGGUAAAGAAUCUUCAGUUCGUGUGAUUGUCCCAAAUAUGCCUGACUUUGGUCUCACCCGACAAUCAAUGGCUUUCUGGCACUCAAACGAAGAAAGAUCUCAAUUCAUACGAGACUUCUUGAAAGCCAUUAAUGUCUCAAAAAUUGAUUGUCUGAUCAGUCAUUCGGCGGGAAUUCAACCGAAUUCUCUGUUAUGGUCUGAACCGCGGGAACUGACCAUCAGAUCGUUGGGAAUAUUCUCUCCACAAUAUCUUUCCGACAGAUUCUUCGAAGUAAACAAAUUGUUGUCUAAUUUUGCGAGAAAUAAGUUUGGGAUCGCAUUCAUGGAUGCAAUCAAACCUCAUAUGAUAAGCAAAGGUCGAUCGCCCAUCACUUUCAACAGUGUCGAUGAAGUGCUUUACUUUGUUUUAGUCCACUCUUAUGUAGUGAACAAAGAGUUUUACCAUAAGUUAGAUAUUCUUAAGUCAAUGAAAAUCCCAACACUUGUUGUUUACGGAGAGAACGAUAAACUCGUUCCUAAAGAAAAUUUUGAGAGAUUUGUUGAGAGAUUAGGCGCUAAACCGACAGACCGUACGAUAUAUGCGGACAAUACAAUUGAAUCCAAUUCUGAUCACAACAAUUGGGUCAAAGUUGUGACACUUAAAAGUGGCGAAUUGAAGGCAAAGAAUCCAACACUUUAUCGAAAGAGUCCAACGAAUGGACUGCCAGUGAGUGUUGAAUAUGUGGACACUUUUGGCGACCGAAAGGUUUCAAAGAGUGAUAACGUGAAGACAAUCGUUGCAAUUCAUGGUAAUCCGGGUCAUCACAAACACUUCAGUGGUUUAUAUGAGACUUUCGGUGGCAAAGAGUCUUCAGUUCGAGUGAUUGCCCCAAAUAUGCCUGACUUUGGUCUCACCCGACAGUCAAUGGCUUUCUGGCACUCAAACGAAGAAAGAUCUCAAUUAAUACGAGACUUCUUGACAGCCAUUAAUGUCUCAAAAAUUGAUUGUCUGAUCAGUCAUUCGGCGGGAAUUCAACCGAUUUCUCUGUUAUGGUCUGAACCACGAGAGCUGACAAUAGGAUCAAUAGGUCUGUUGUGUCCGCAGCCCUUCUGGUUCUCCAAACAAUACUUUAGGACUGCAAACCAUUUGAGCCGAGCGUUCGCUUUCUUCUCGCACAACGAGUUAUCCAUAAAAGUGAUGGAAUUGUUAAGACUGGAACUGAUAGGUCGACACACAUUCUUUCCAUUAGAGUAUAGAGACGCCGGGGAAGUGUUGCAAAUGGCUUUAGUCAGCAAACAUCUUAUCAAUCAUAAACUUCACCUGAAGUUACAACACAUCAAACACAACAAAAUACCGACACUUGUUGUGUUUGGAGAGACCGACAAAUUGAUUCCCAAACACAUUAACGAUCGUUUGGUCCACGAGUUAGGCGCUAAGCAAACCGAUUAUAUUCACUAUUCAUCCGAUAAUAGCAUUGAAGAGAUGAGCAAAUCUGUAUUUUUAAAUAAAAAAUUGCUGUUUGUGGCCGGAGCUCAACCAACACAACUCCAUCAACGACUCAAUCAUCUAAAAGAGGCUAAAAUUCCUACUCUUGUGGCGUUUGGAGACGACGACCGCAUUAUUGAUGAGAAACAUAUCAAACAUUUUUGUCAAGACUUAGGCGUCGAUCAAAGAGAUUAUCGCAUAUAUUCUGCCGAUAAAAAAGGGAGACAUUUCUGUUUCAACAGAUCCAGUCAUGUCAUCAAUAAACACAUCGAAACACAUCUAUUAUCUCAGAAUUGUGACAUUAGCACAAUUACUAGAUUGAACACAGAAUUGGGAAAACAAGUGAUCUUCUUGUACUACACAUAUACAACACCAGCAAAUUCUCUUACGCCUUACGGGCUGGUCGUGAAUGGGGCGGAGAGGACCGACCGGUGCGCCAGUGGUUUGCGUCGAACCAUAAAUCAGAUCAAUAAAUUGAGAGGAGGGGUGAGAGCGCCGGUCGGUCUCCACCGAUGGCACGGCCACUAUAAACGACUCUUGAUUAAUGGCCUCAUCAUAAGUGGGCGGCGGGUCGUAGGGAAACUUACGAUUAGAUAA